AUGUAAAGGCGCUGCAGCGCGACCAGCUCAAACUAGAUUCCCAAAACAAAGCGUAGCGGAGGAGGAGCUGCACUUUGCUAGGAAAUCAUACACACACACACGGGCACACUCACAGAAGCUCUCUGGUGGUAAAGGACCUCUUCCACAGCAACAAGGAUGAGGGGUGUAUUCUCAGUAACGAUCAUGCUGCUUGUGGCUUUGACCAUUGCUGUGGAAGCAGCAAAGACGAAAGAGAAAGCGAAGGAGCUGAAAGCAGAAGGUGAAUGCUCUUAUGGGAGAUGUGUGCCCAACAGCGGUGACUGUGGCCUGGGUGUUCGUGAGGCCAUCUGCAAGGAGCAGACCAAGAACUUCAAGUGUAAAGUGCCAUGCAACUGGAAGAAGGACUUUGGAGCUGAUUGCAAGUACAAGUUUGGCCGCUGGGGAGAGUGUGAGGCAGGCACUCGAAGCAGGUCUGGAGUACUGAGGAAAGCGUUGUUCAAUGCUGACUGCCAGGAGACCAUUAAGGUGAACAAACCUUGCAUUCCAAAAACACCCAAACCCAAGGGCGGGGAGAAGAAGGCAAAGAAAGGGAAGGAGAAUUAAGAAAUCCAGCGUGUACCCCCUUUCCCCAACCUUUAAAUGGAAUGGCGCUUAAUCUGCAAUGAGGGGAAAAAAACUAUUGUAACCCUAUCUAUAUUUGAUUCUGUCUUUUGUUGGUACAGUUGUGAUCCUUUCCUUUGUCAUAUUUUUAAGCAUUUUCUGUAGGAAGAUGAUAACUGUAAUUUGCUUUUCCAUUUAUAAAUAGUGAAACAGAGAAAAGCAUUAUUUACUAAAGAUGCAUGUCUAUAUGGACAUUUUUUUGGCCCUUGAAAAUUUGAUCUAAAUACUGCAACAGUAGAUAUAUGAUUUAACACACAGCGAUCAACUGGAUCCGUACCCUUCAAUUUUUAGUACACUUGCAAUGGUAGACAACCUGCGUAUCUAUGCUUAUAAAUGUUUCUAGAUUUGUAAUCAAUGUACAUUUAACAUCACUAACGGAUACUUCUUCAGGUCUGUGAAUAAAUAAGAAAACGUUUUUUUUUUUUCAAUGGCA